GGUGAAGUCCUUCGACAGCACUGCCCGCGAACUUUGCCGUCACGGCCGCGGAGGAACGGACGAGGCCAGGGCGGCGCUGCGUCGGACGUGUCGAGGGGCUCAGGGAUUUGGUAUAUUGCGUUUGGUUCGGAGAGAGUCGACCAGCAGAGCUGGCGAUUUGGCAUCAAUGAGGGUUGGGUGGCUGCCUCCAGAUGCGUAAGGCCACGUUGGCACGCUGCCGCCGCCGCACCAGUCCCCUCCGCCGCAGCAGCGCAAUGCACCCCCAGAUAUGGCGCCUCGUCCCCACGGCCCUCUCGCCGAUCCACGCCGGAGCUCCCCGGCCGAGCCGGCCGGUGGCCUGCCGCCCUUCGCCUCACCGCCGGCCGGCGCUCGCUCACCCCGCCAUCCGGCGCACAUGCCGCCCCCUCUCUGUCUCCGCGCAUUCCGCCAGCCCCCAGGCCGGCUUGAGGAUGGAUCAGUUUUUCGAGGUGGAGAUGAAGGUGCGUGACUAUGAACUUGACCAAUAUGGAGUUGUCAACAAUGCCAUCUAUGCUAGUUACUGCCAACAUGGUCGUCAUGAGCUACUUGAAAGUGUAGGAAUAAGUGCAGAUGCAGUUGCACGAGGUGGUGAGUCGCUGGCCCUCUCUGAACUGCACCUCAAGUACUUCGCUCCUUUGAGAAGUGGUGACAAGUUUGUCGUCAAGGUCAGGCUUGCAAGCACAAAAGGUAUAAGGAUGAUAUUCGAGCACUUCAUUGAAAAGUUGCCUAAUCAUGAGCCCGUUUUGGAAGGGAAGGCAACAGCGGUUUGUUUGAACAAAGACUACCGCCCCACCCGUAUACCUUCAGAGUUUCUGUCCAAGCUGCAGCUCUUCACUUCUGAAGGAAGCAGUUAGGCGACUAUACGCAUUGUCAUAAGAACGCUUAAACCAAUUGAUUGAAGCAUUUGACUUCACGGAUAUUUCUAAGCUGUGAUAAGUCUAAUGAAUCUUUUU